CGUAAACAAUGUUAAUGAACAAUAUCCAUGAGCUCUCAAAACGAAUAAACAAAUUUGUAGUAUCAAGGUUAGAACUAAUCAAAUAAGGUUAAAAAUGUAAACGUUUCAAACAUUCAAACAAGCUCAAAUUGAGGGGUCGAUAAUAUAUAAAUGAAUCAAGCUUGAAUCAAGUUUGUCAAAAAGAAACCAAAUCAAACUUGAAUAAUGGUUUUAACAGCUUGGUUCAUUUUAGGUUUGACUUGACUUGGUUUGGCUCGGUUAACUUAUCAAAUAAGCUUGAAUAACAUGAGGCUUGGCUUGGCUUGACUCGGCUCGUUUAUAUCUAGUAGUGAUUGAUAACUAUGAUUAUGCAUUUUUUCCUGUAUUUAGUUGCUCGUCGAACUACUGUCAAUUUUAUUCACUUUUUGAUUCUGUGGUUCUUUGAUAGGCUGAUAGUUUACCUUUUGUCCAAUUUUGAAAAUAUUUCUACCCAAUUCUUUUCUAUUUCUCUUUUCUUGUACUUAAAUUGUAUCUGGCUGUUAAUUGGACUCAUGACUACUAUUUCUAGCCAUUUACCUUUGACAAUACGUAAUCUGUAUUUCUUGGUCUGGGAAAUAGAAGUGUACAAAUCUGUUUUUUUGCUGGUCACUGUCUAAAAGAAUUUUGAUUGCGGUGUUUAUUAUUCAUUUAAAACUGAAUUGUGACACAUUCUAGUUUUUGUUUCUGUUUGGCUUCUUCUGGAAAAGAGCUUCAGAGUUUUCUUCUUGGGUGGCUUCUACAGACUGCCAACUAAAUCUAACUAUAGGACUGAAAUUGUAUUAUUCUUAAUUAUGUUUGUUAAUCUAAAUGGUUUAUUGUCAUUAACAGUCGAUAGAAAAACUAAUUAAGAUUAUAUAUUUGUUACUAUCCAAACAUAACCAAACUAAAGUAAAUUAAGAUAUUAUAACUUUCUUUAGUUCAGUUUCUAUAAUACUUUAGUUCAGUUCUUAAGAUUAGAAUUAAAUAUUUCAAGUUUCUUUGGUUUUUUGUUCCAUUCAGAUUAAUUUUAUAGAACACAUACAUAUUGUUGCUUUGGGAAUGUAUAUUGUCAUAAUAAUUUGUCGUUCAAUCCAUCAGAUGAAAAUGGAUCGGAGAGUGAUUUCUCACUUGUCUCUGUUAACACAUGUACUGAUGCAUUCUUAUUUAGUCUUCAAAAAAUUUGGUGUGGAAAUUGUAUAGGAGGAUGACCUUGAUGUAUUAUACCUACUCCAGAUGUCUUUCGGCUUACUAUAAGGUGCUUCCUAAUAUUAUUACUUGUAGCAUUCAUCAGCAAUAUUGUUUGUCAUAGUUCAUUAAAGCUGAUUAUGCCUGUGCAAGUAACAAAUAGUAUGCAUCAAUGAAAAGUGCUGAAGAUUAUGCUUUGCUGAAAUUGCAUGCAUGCCAAAUUUGUUUCUGCAAUCUACUUACAGGGUUGUCAAUGACCUAUUUUGGGUAGCUGGUUUCACUUUCUGAGAGUUCUACAUUCGACAGCAUGAGCAACUUUUUGCUUUGCAUUCUGUCUUUUGCAUGUGAACUUAGAGGUUGAUGGACAAAAGGCGAUGUUAACUUGUUGCAUGUUCUCAUAUCCUUUGUUGGGAGCUUAUUCUUCUUUUUUUCAUUGUGGGCAUUUCUAACUUCAACUAGCAAUAUUCUUUGCUACGAUCCUACUAGUUUUAAUCAUACAGGGAUAUGAUGGGAGCAAAUGGACUUAUUUUAAUCAAUUGUCAAUUUGUAAAAUUUCUCCUAAUUAAUUAGAUAAAUGAUCCUUUUGGCUUCAGUUUACAAGUCAUGCUUCAGUUUAUAAAAUUGUCGUGGCUGACAUUUUGGAUGCUGACCACACAGCUAAUAGUUGAAAGUGAUGCAAAAAUAUUCUUCUGUUUCUUCAGUUUAAUGAAAAAGAGUUAUGUGAGCAUUAGUUGCAACCAUUUAAGAAUGAGUUUGCUGCAAGCGUAUUAGAAUUUUUUUUAUGCUUAGGUUAGUACUUGAAACUUGUAAAUAGAUAGAUGACAAGAUGCUUCUUACAUAUAAAGUACACUUGGAUGCUUCUUAUGCACUAGAAUAUGAUAGUUUAACCUUGUUUGUGUUCCUUGGUUGAGUCAGAAACGAUCCAACUCAUGUCUUCUGGUUGUACUGCUAUUGGCAUAAGCUGUUACUUGCCAAACCUGAAACAGAAGCUAAACCAGUCAGAUAGCGUAGAGGUUGAUGGCCAAAGUUAUUGGUAGAUCAUCUGAAUUUGACAUCAAUUAUAAAUGCAUUACUUCCACUUGUCUCCUGUUUGUUUAUUGUGCAAGCUUGGUGCAAUUCCACUGCCUUUCCAUUAACCUUUUCUCUGACUCAAAACUGGACAGUUACAGCAGAGUUGACUUUUAACUUUAUAAAAAUCUGCUGAUGAACCACAUAAAGGUCAUACCUGGUGGAGCAAAAACCUCUUCUUUUAAUUUGUUUGUUAAAUUACCUCAUGCCUCACCUGCUUUUGUAUUUGCCAAGAGUAGCAAUUAGGAACUUUCUCAUGAUGGAUCAUCACCAAACCUUGCAACUAUGAGUUCUUAUCCCUUCAAAACCAAGUCAAACAAGCUUCUCAUCUCCCCUAACCCACCCACCGAAAAAUAACUCUGGAUCACUCAUAUCUUUGUAUCUGUCACUCUAAGACUGCAGGUGGACCUUUUCAUUAGGUUUUUGACACCUGAAGCUAAAGCUCCAUUUCAACCAACAUCAAGAGGUCCAAAGCAAGCUUCAACUGCUACAAAAUCUUGAGGGUGGUGGAACUUGGAGGCGAGAAGAGGAUAAAGCCUCAACAAAGGAAGAAUGAUUCAAUGAACCGGUUCACUUUAUGGAGUGCAAAGUAUGAAGAAAUUAGAGAAGCUGUUCUUCAAGUGCACAAGGUGGCAGGUUGAAGAAACCACGGAUCUCAUCAACUGCCCUUACCAUUACUUCUGCGACAGCACUUACCAGGAAGACUACACUCCGGUCGUCGACUUUCUUGUGCUCCUCUUCAUCCUUAUGUCGUUCUUCUCUGCCACUGUCUUCACUCUUCUAGAUUUCAGCCAGAGACCAACCUCGGCAGCUGAUCUCGGUAUUGGGAGAUUGAAGAGAAGGUAUCUGCUGCCUUCAGGACCAGCUCUCCUCCAACUCGUCUACAUUUCAGCUCUGGCUUUCAGAAACAGAGAUGAGAGCGACAUGAAGUAUUCGGUGCUCGAAGCAUCAACAGUUUCUGGGAUUCUGCAUGCAAGUCUGCACCUGGACUCAAUCCUGGUGGCUUACUACACAGGGCUGGCAGCUCUGAGGGAGUCCACCUUCUCCAGCCUCUGCGCCUCGUGUGUGUGCCGCAAGGAUGCACUGGUCCUCGGCGGGAGCCUUUCAGGCUACCGGGGCUGGUCGAAGGCCACAGUGUUGACAGCCAUUGCUAUUUGUUCCAGAAUGGUGUGCAGGGUCUUUGGGGAGGAAAGGUUGAGCUUGGCGAUCAGGUUGGCAGUGGAAGGUGUCAGCUGGAUGUUUGUUGCAGAGAACUCGAUUGGCCUGUUGAUGGGAGUUGCAGAUUGGAGCUUGCUUGAUUUGGUUGUGUAUGGAGGGAUCUGUACUUUGAUCUUUCUCAAUUUCCUUAGAAUGGGCAUCAAUCUGCUUGCUUCCAUGGCAGGGAAGAAUGGCCAUCAGGCUGAAAAGAAGGCUUUCUGGUGCCAUGAUGUGGAGAUGCAACAAUGAUUGAGUUGGCAAUUUUAUUAUGAUAGGCAAACCAGAAGGGAAGAUUAUCUACCUUCAGGUUUAGAGAUUCUUUUAUAGAUUUUUGGUGUGCAUCAACUAUAACCUUGCAAUGCAAAAGAUGGUGAAAAAGACAAAAAUGGUAUCAUAA